CAGCAAAUCCCAGAAGCUCUGAGCAGCAUACGUGGGUUCUGCGCCCCGGGCCCGGGCCCCUCUGGACGGGCGUGCAGAGGCCGCGCAGGCACGUUAGAGAAGAGCUGCAAACGAUGGCUAUGGCACUGAGAUGCUUCCGUCACCUGCCUUCCCUGCUCCAUCGUUCUUCCUUCGCAACGGUCCGGGGGCUGCCGCAGGCUCCUGCAGGCUGCCCAGCCCUGCUCCUGGAUGGCUGCAGGCAGUGUGGCCGUCAGGUGCUGCUGACCAGGCAGCUAGCCACCAAAAAAGCUAAAGGUAAAGGGCAGAGUCAAGCCAGAGUGAAUAUCAGUGCUGCCCUAGUUGAAGAUGUUAUCAAUCUGGAGGAAACCAAUGAAGACAUGCAGGCAGUGGUAGAAGCUCUGAAAGAAGAUUUCAGCAGAAAUCUCAGUGUUAGAACCUCACCAGGGGUCCUUGAUCACAUAAUCGUGAUGACAAAAGAUGGGAAGUUUCCGCUGAACCAGCUGGGGCAGAUCUCACAGAAGUCACCGCAGCUCCUUGUAGUGAACAUGACCAAUUUUCCAGAGAGCACAGCUGCAGCUACGAAGGCUAUAAGGGAGAGUGGCAUGAACCUGAACCCAGAAGUGGAUGGGACAAUAAUUCGGGUGCCAAUUCCUAAGGUAACAAGAGAGCACAGGGAGAGCCUGGCCAAGCUUGCCAAGCAGUCCACCAACAAGUCCAAAGAGGCCCUGAGAAAGGUGCGAAGCAAAAGCAUCAACCAGGUAAAGAAGUCCAAGAACAAAGUGUCUGAAGAUACCAUCUGGCUGCUAGAAAAGCAGAUCCAGCAAAUGGCAGACAGCGCUGCAGCAGAGAUGGACAAGCUCCUGGCAGCGAAGACCAAGGAGCUGCUUGGAUAAGCGUCACCCCUAUGGACACGCUCCCUCCCCGAGCGAGAACGGACUGCUGUGCACCCCAGUGGCCAUCCCUGCCUGGGGUCAGCAGCCUCGGGCGAUGGGCAGGGGCAGCUCGGCCAGACCUCCGGAGCAGCUCUGUGCCUUGGCUGCUCCGAUUCCCCACCUCGGACUGAACUGGAGGGAGGGAGGGAAGGGGAGCUCUCCUCGCUCUUCAUCCAGGUGGCUGCAGAAUUGGGUGAACCAAGAUUAAAAAUAAAACAGCAGGAAGGAGGAGUGGAGGCUGUUGGAAGGGCUCCCACGCAGACGCUGCGGCACAGGAGGAAGGGCUGCCCCGCUCGCCUUCCGCCCCAGCCCGUUUGCACCCCAACACCUCGCAGCCUGGCAGAAGCGAGGACCACGCACGAGAGGAGCCUGCACUGUCCUGCUGUGAACCUCGGCAUUUGUUUUCGCUUAAAAUAAAGUCAAAAUGAGAUGUGGAGGAGCAGCCUUGGGACAGCCAGUUCCCAAUUGAUGCAUCCCCUUGGGUUCACGUGUCUCAAAAGCAGCGUUUGCCCAUUGUUGUGGCCAGCAGAGUUACCUGCAGCCUGGCCACCAAGGAAGGCACGAGGAGGCUCAACACUGACUGGUGUGGUGUGGGGAGGGGAGAUGGGCUUUGCGGUUCCUUAGGCUUUGGGACAGAGAACUGAAACCAGUGCUGUCAGCAUUGGCUGGUCUAGCCAAGACCAAGAGCCAGCACAGGAACUUUCCAAAGCCAGCAUCUGCUCUCCCUGACCAGUUACAGCACACACGUGUGAGCCACCAGUCCUACACAUCAAGGGGCAGAGGAGGUAGAAGCAGAAUGGGGUCCUGAGCACAUCACGCAGCUCACCUUCUCACUACCAGCAGGUACUUCCCGACAGCAGUGAACAACCUCCCCGCAGCCUCGGGAGAUGGCAAGGGGAGGGAAGGUGUUGGCCAGCCCCACUCCCAAAGCAUUUGGGUUCAAAGAGCACCAAGUGCUCUGCGGUCCUUAAAUAAACAACUCCCAAAAAGUUAGUUUGUGUGCAGUGGGGAGGGGGAGGAGGAUGAAGGAUUUGCUCUGCUAGGGCCCCACAUGUCAACAAUUUCUCUGCUUUGUGUAUUUUGGCCAAAGUGCUUACCAUGAUAAAU